UAACUUUGUGUUUCCGUCUCCCCGGGGUCCCGUCCGCGCGCACGUCCCGGCCUGCGGCGACACAGAGAACAAAAGGACAGGAUAAUAAAGGACAAAAUGGUUCUUUGCAUCAGAAGGACGCAGCCCACGACAAUGACUUUGAGCCCUACCUUUCUGGACAGUCAAACCAGAGUAACAGUUACCCCUCCAUGGCGGACCCUUACCUGUCCAGCUAUUACCCACCGUCCAUCGGAUUUCCCUACUCCCUCAACGAGGCGCCCUGGUCCACCGGAGGGGACCCUCCAAUCCCGUACCUCACCACCUACGGACAGCUCAGUAACGGAGACCACCACUUCGUGCACGACGCCGUCUUCGGGCAGCCCGGGGGCCUGGGCAGCAGCAUCUAUCAGCACAGGUUCAACUUUUUCCCCGAAAACCCCGCCUUCUCCGCCUGGGGGACGAGUGGCUCUCAGGGGCAGCAGGCUCAGAGCUCCGCCUACGGGGGCAGCUACACGUACCCGCCGAGCUCCCUGGGCGGCACCAUCGUGGACGGGCAGACGGGCUUCCCCAGCGACGCGCUCAGCAAAGCCCCCGGCAUGAACAGCCUGGAGCAGGGCAUGGUGGGCCUGAAGAUCGGGGACGUCACCACCUCCGCCGUCAAGACCGUGGGGUCGGUGGUGAGCAGCGUGGCGAUGACCGGCGUCCUCUCCGGGAACGGCGGGACAAACGUAAAUAUGCCUGUUUCCAAGCCGACCUCGUGGGCUGCCAUCGCCAGCAAGCCGGCGAAACCACAGCCGAAAAUGAAAGCGAAAAGCGGACCUGUCAUCGGGGCAGCCCUGCCGCCGCCGCCCAUAAAGCAUCAUAUGGACAUCGGCACGUGGGACAACAAAGGGCCCGCGACCAAGGCCCCGGCCCCCCAGCCAGCCCCCCCGCUGGCCCCCCAGCCCCAGCCGGCCGUGCAGCCGCUCCCCGCCCAGCCUCCCCCUCUGGCCCAGCCACAGUACCCGAGCCCUCAGCAGCCCCCCCAAACCCGCUGGGUCGCCCCUCGCAACAGAAACACGGUGUUUGGGCAGAGCGGAGGGGCCGGCGGCGAUGGGACCUCUCCCGGAAGUGCUCAGCCUAAUUCUGCCCCCAGUGUGGAGUCCCACCCCGUUCUAGAAAAACUGAAAGCGGCCCACAGCUAUAACCCUAAGGAGUUCGACUGGAACCUUAAGAGCGGACGCGUGUUCAUUAUCAAGAGCUACUCGGAGGACGACAUCCACCGCUCCAUCAAGUACUCCAUCUGGUGCAGCACGGAGCACGGCAACAAGCGCCUGGACGGCGCCUUCCGAGCCGCGGGCAGCAAGGGGCCGGUGUACCUGCUCUUCAGCGUCAACGGGAGCGGCCACUUCUGCGGGGUGGCCGAGAUGAAGUCGCCCGUGGACUACGGCACGAGCGCGGGGGUCUGGUCCCAGGACAAGUGGAAGGGCAAGUUCGACGUGAAGUGGAUUUUCGUCAAGGACGUGCCCAACAACCAGCUGCGGCACAUCCGGCUGGAGAACAACGACAACAAGCCGGUCACCAACUCCCGCGACACCCAGGAGGUGCCCUUGGAGAAGGCGAAGCAGGUGCUGAGGAUCAUCGCGGCCUACAAGCACACCACCUCCAUCUUUGACGACUUUUCUCACUACGAGAAGCGGCAGGAGGAGGAGGAGGUGGUGCGCAAGGAGCGGCAGAACCGGAACCGACAGUGAGGACGGCCGGCGUCCGGGGCGGAGAGCGUGGAGGAGGACGUGCGCUUGGUGCUGUCGUCUGUGCGGGCCCGACCUGCUGCGUCUUCGCUCUUCUGUCUUUUAUUUUUGCCCAGAUGGACCUGCGUUCGUUUGUACUUUUCUAUGUAUUACAGUGUGGUAGAACUCACUAAUAAAGGGACAUGUUUUUUGUCAGCCUGUCAAUCAGAUCGAACGUGAAACACGGGCCUUCAUGACAAAACCAGACAGGAAGCCCUGCACACCCGAAGGUUUUGUGUGUGUUUUUGUUUGUUUGUUUUUUGUUUUGUUCACGGAAAUUAUGUUCUUACUCCUCUGUUCGCUGUCCCUUGCCGUGUUUACGUGGACCUCCUGUCUCCUCUGUCCUGCUCUGCAGCAGACGCGAGAAACCGUGGCCGCUUCUGGCAUUUACUGUCUUCUGUUAAAAUACUUCCUUUCAAAAUGUUGACAUCAACAGGUUAGCGAUCACCUCAUUUGGCCAGUUUGCCAUUUUUAUUACCUGUUGUCUGUCUAAGAUGCUAAUCUGUGUGAUUUUUCUACUAGACAAAAAGACACAUUUUAGUUCUUCAGAUGUGGUGACGGUGGCCUGGUGCAUGGAGCGCUGUCCCCCUUGUGCGUCCCUCGCGGCUCCUCAUCCCGGUGGGCGGCGGGCAGGGGCCAGGCUCAGCGGGCAGCUGCUCCAGGCUGUGUCCAGAUCACCCCAGUGCCCCUGCUCGUCACCCAAGACCCCGUGGCCACUCUGAGUUCCCCGCCCACGACGCUGAGCUGGACACGCGGGAUCUGCCGGCGCGGGCGGCGCAUCCCCAGGGUCCCCGUGUGCGGCUGGUUCCUUCUUCCCUGUCGAAUGGGUCAAACAAACAAACAAAAACACCCUUUUAGAAACUGAAUUUGCUGUCCUGUUUUGUGGAACGAGGGACCUUGACCUCGCUGCCACCUGGAGUCUGAGUUAAGCAUGACCAUGGUGCUCACACCUGUCGCUCUGGCACACAGUCUGCACGCGCCCAUUGUAGGGACCUUACUGUCUAGAGAGCAGAUACCUUCCGAAAACUAUUUACUCCAAAAGACCCGCUGAGUUAAAGUUUAAGCUGUAUUAUUUAGACUUGUAUUUCGAACGUGUCACUCUCUCUGAACUGUUCCCGCCUGUGUGGAGUCACGACACCAUCGAAUGACUCUGGAGAAUACAAGCCUUAAUAAACAAGACCUAUUUAGCAA